UCAGGUGGUCGCGAAGCCGCCAAAAAGGAAACAAGCGGAGACACAAGAUGGUUUCAGAGAAAGGGACGGAGAGAAUCCGCAGGUUCGUGUGCGAUCAACUCCGGGAUCAACCAGACCUGAGCACACUGACCUUGGGAAUUUUAAAAAAACGAUAUCUGGUGCUGUCGGGACUCGAAUCACUAAGUCCAGAGGCCAGAAAUUACAUGAAGCAGGUGGUUCAAGAGGAACUGUUGAAAAUGCAGGAGAUGGAGGAAAAUGAAGUCGAGCCGGAGACCAAGAAGCCCCACAACAAAAGGAAAAGAGAAAAGGAAAAUGAUGAUGAUGAGGUGGAGAGUGGGAUAGAAGAUGAAGAUGAAUCCACGGCAAAGAAAUCCCGUCGUCAGAUAAGCUCAGAAUCUGAGGAUAACGAGAGCCACAAAACAGGCAGUGAGGGGAGUGCAGAGGAAGAAAACAAGGAAUCUGGAUCUGAGGAUGCGGCGCAAAAGCCAAAGAAAAAUGGAAUUCGUAAACGUAAGAGGAAGGUUGAGGAGUCACCAGUAGAGGACCUGAGUGAGUCGGGAGAGUCAGACAGUGAAGGUCCUAAAGACACCAGGAUAAAGAAAAAUAAUCGUACAAAGAACAAGCAAGGCAGCAGCAGUACACGUCCUGGAAAGAAAACACCACACAGUGAUGAAGAGAAUGAAACUGACACGGAGAGAGAGUCGGAGACAAGUGACAAGAUCAACGAGUCCUCAGAUGAUAGUGACAAAAAAUCUGAGGAUAACGAGAGCCACAAAACAGGAAGUGAGGGGAGUGCAGAGGAAGAAAACAAGGAAUCUGGAUCUGAGGAUGCAGAGCCAGAGGUUAAAAAAUCAGAGCCAAGGAAAAAUGGAAAUCGUAAACGUAAGAGGAAGGUUGAGGAGUCUCCAGUAGAGGACCUGAGUGAGUCGGGAGUGUCAGACAGUGAAGGUCCAAAAGACAUCAGGAUAAAGAAAAAUAAAUCUACAAAGAACAAGCAAGGCAGCCGCAGUACACGUCCUGGAAAGAAAACACCACAGAGUGAUGAAGAGAAUGAAACUGACACAGAGAGAAAGUCGGAGACGAGUGACAAGAUCAACGAGUCCUCAGGUGAUAGUGACAAAAAAUCUGAGGAUAACGAGAGCCACAAAACAGGAAGUGAGGGGAGUGCAGAGGAAGAAAACAAGGAAUCUGGAUCUGAGGAUGCAGAGCCAGAGGUUGAAAAAUCAGAGCCAAGGAAAAAUGGAAAUCGUAAACGUAAGAGGAAGGUUGAGGACCUGAGUGAGUCGGGAGUGUCAGACAGUGAAGGUCCAAAAGACAUCAGGAUAAAGAAAAAUAAAUCUACAAAGAACAAGCAAGGCAGCCGCAGUACACGUCCUGGAAAGAAAACACCACAGAGUGAUGAAGAGAAUGAAACUGACACGGAGAGAAAGUCGGAGACGAGUGACAAGAUCAACGAGUCCUCAGAUGAUAGUGACAAAAAAGAAAAUGUCCCAGUGAAAAAGGAAAACAACCAAGACUCAGAUUCAUCGUCACUCACCUCUUUGGAAGAUGAUCAGGAAACUGGGAGAAAAAAAAAAGAAGAGGAUAAGAAAAAAAAGAAAACUGUGAAAAAAGAUGAAAAGAACAGCGGACAAAAGGAUGACCACAAACAAGUUGUGAGGCUCAAGCGCUACAUUGCUCUCUGUGGUGUGAAGCGGAAUUACAAGAAGCUCCUCAAUGGCUGUAGCUCUGUGCGCUCCAUGGUGGCUGUUUUGAAGAAGGACCUGGAGGAUCUUGGUGUCCAAGGACAACCAUCUAUUAAAAAAUGCAAAAGGGUAAAAAAGAAGAGAGAGGAUGCUCAGGAAAUAGCUGAGCUUGAUAUCAGCAACAUCAUUUCCACAACAGGUCGUCCGAAACGCAGAGGAGCCUCAUUGAUGCCGGAAGGACACGACUCUCCGUCCUCUGAGUAUAAUCGCAAUCUGAACUCCGCCUCUGAUAGUGAUGAAGAAAACGGAACACACAAAGGGCACAGACGAGCAACAGACUGGACCAACCUGAAGGGGAUCAUCAGUGAUGAUGCAGACAGUGACUGACAGGGUCACUUCCUGUUCCAAGGACAUUACGCUUUUCUCUAUACAAGUUGGUUUUUGAUCUUUAGGAAUUACUUAGUAAUUGUUUCUUAGUGAGGCCGACAUGGUGGUGCAGUGGUCACCAGCCUCCCAGCAAGAACGCCUGCCUUUGUGAGUUCUCCCCGUGUCUGAGUGGGAUUUCUGCAAGUACUUCAGCUUCCUAGCAGAGUCCAAACACAUGCAGACUGGUUUUAGGUGAAUUAGAGACUCUAAAUAUACUGUUGGUGUAAAUAUGAACUAAUGGCUGUUAUGUUAUGUCAUGUGAUGCCGUCCGCCCCCAGUUAAAUGAUGAUGCAUACUUUUUCAUCAUGUAUUUUCAAUUUAUAAUAAAAUAUUUCAAAUAAUA